AUGAAAUCUUCAAAUCUAAAUGAGCCAUCACAAGGAAAUGAGCAAACACAAGCACAAAGAAAUGAGCAAGCACAAGGAAAUGAGCAAAUUCAAGCACAAAGAAAUGAGCAAGCACAAGGAAAUGAGCAAACACAAGCACAAGGAAAUGAGCAAAAGCAAACACAAGGACAUGAGGUUAGAGAAUAUGAGGUGGAUGAGGAAAUCAAUUAUGUUGAUUUUAAUGAAGUUAAUGAUGGAGGGGAUAAUGUACACGACUUGGAUGUUAAUGUGGGGGUUAAUGAUGAUGGUGUACAAAAUGAAAAUAUAGAUGUUGGAGAUGAAAAAGGUGAUGAUGAGAAAGAAUGUGAAAAGAAUGAUGAUCAAGACCAAUUUCAAAGGAAGAAAAGAAAGAGGGUAUCAAAAGUCUACGUUGAUUUUAAUGAAGUUACUGCAAAGGAUGGAAGUAUAAAGCUACAAUGUAUACAUUGUAAAACACUCCUUUCUAAGUCAGCGUCUUCUACAACAACUCAUCUUUGGAACCAUUUGAAUAGGUGUACACAAAAGAAGCUUCAUUCAAAAAAUCAAAAAACCUUGCAAUUCCAGAAUGCAAAAUCCAAGUUUGAGACACCUCUUUUGUCAUAUGGUAAAUAUGAUCAUAUGAAGCAAAGAGAAGCUAUUGCUCAUUGGAUUCUGUUGCACGAGCAACCGUUAAAUGUUGUGGAAAAUUAUGGAUUUACUUUUAUGUUCAAAGCUAAUCUUCCACAAUUUGAGAAACUCUCUCGUGCCAUGGCAAGGAAUGAUGUUAUUACUGUUUAUGAAAUAGAGAAGAAAAAGUUACAAUUACUGUUAAGAACCAUCAAUAAGAUAUCAUUGACCACUGAUAUUUGGAAGUCUAAGGUGCAAAAGAUUUCAUAUAUGUGUGUCACGGGACACUUUGUUGAUUCAAAUUGGCAACUUCAAAAGCGUGUACUUAGUUUCAUGCAUCUUCCUCCUCCACAUACUGUGAAAAAGUUAAUUCUUGAUUGUGUUACUCGUUGGAAUUCUACAUAUGAAAUGUUAGUUGUAGCCAUUAAAGUUAAGGAUGCAUUUCCAAUAUUUGCACAAGGAGAGCCUUCAUAUAAAUGUUGUCCUAGCUUGGAAGAUUGGACUAGAAUACAGGAUGUUCUUAGCAUCUUAGAGCCGUUUUAUGAAGCUACUCACCUGAUUAGAAAUAUGAUUGAAAAGAUGAAGACAAAAUUUGACAAAUAUUGGGGUGAUUGCAAUCUUUUGAUGGCUAUUGGAGCAAUACUUGAUCCUAGGUACAAAAUGAGGUUGGUUAAUUUUGCUUUCAACCAGAUAUAUAAUGCAAAUGAUGCACGUAUAAAUGUGACGAAGGUCAAGGAUGCAUUAUAUGACUUGUUCUAUGAAUAUGUUCAAAUUGAUAACAUGAAAAUUCGAAAAGGUAGUUCUUCUGUGACACAUGUGGGGAGUUUGUCUGUUGCUUCUACAUGCUCUACUUCUAAAGGAAAAGUAGUCAUUUCUGGUUUGUCUUUGUAUGAUAAAUAUUUGGACAGUGUUGAAGAUGAAACUCCAAACAAAUCAGAGUUAGACAUUUACUUGGAGGAAGGGGUUUAUAGGUGUCAAGAUGGUGAAGUAACUUCUGGAUUUGAUGCUUUAUCUUGGUGGAAAUCUCAUGAAUUGAAGUUCAAUAUUUUGUCUAAAUUAGCACGUGAUGUUUUAGCUAUUCCAGUUAGCACCGUGGCAUCAAAAGCCACAUUUAGUGCAGGUACCCAAGUUUUAGAUCCUUAUCGUGCUAAACUAUCUUCUGAUAUGGUGCAAGUUUUGAUUUGUGGAGCAGAUUGGGUUCGUCAACUUCAUGGGAUCGAUAAGCCUAUUAUGACAUAUGAGGAAGAAGAACCAAUUGAUGUCAUAUUGCGAACAUGAUGAUUUGAUAAUAGUUGAAGUGUAAUUUGUUAUUGUAGUACUUAAUUUAUGGAUUUUAUUGACCUUUUUUUUUUUUGGAUUCAAGUUAAGCUUAAUGCAAACUUAAAUUUUUAUUUUA